AAAAGAAUCUUAUUAUUUUCUUAAAAGAAGGCUUUUGGAAAAUGAAUAAUAUUUUUGUUAAUAUUUAGCCAGUUUUAUUGAUUAAAACUUUGAUAAAAUCGUAUAAUAUUAGUAACAAGUCAGUAUAAAUUGUGUUUUGUGUAAAAAAGAUUUAAAUAUUUGGCUAAUUUUGUGAUUUGUAAGUAAAUGAAAGUUUUGACGAAAAAUGCAUUAAGUGAAAUUACCAAGUCGUGAAAAAUGAGAAAUGAAUCAUCGUGAAUGAGCUUAAAAGAAAUUUAAUUAUAUAUUGUGUAUAAAUGAAGACUUAUCUGUUAUUAUAAGCAGGUUUAGCAUAUUUCUUGAUAUAAUUAAAACGUUUUAAGUGAGCAUGCGCAUAAAAUAACAGAAUUAUAAAACUUUCAUUGAUUUUUUUUUGCUUAUACAACAAAGUGUUAAAUUUGUGUCGUCUGACUUUUAAACUUUUCAAUUAUUUUUGGAGGAAUUAAGUCCUUCUUUAGCUAUUAAAAAUAAUGCAUUUAUAAGGAUGAUACUCUGUGAUAUUUUAAAAAUGAAAUAAAAUUAAUGAGGCUCAACAUAAUUCGUGGUGUCUACAAUAAAGUUUACUGAAAAUAUUUCGUCCAUAGUAUUAUAAUCUAAAGUGCUUCUUGUGCUAUUAUUAAGCAAUAAUUUUUCUAAUUGGCUUUGCAAAACGUAGUAGCAUACAUAUAUAAGACGGUCGGUAGGAAGCAGAUAAUCUAAUUCACAUACAUAUAUAACGAAUUUGAUAUGUCCAAAAUAUUAAAAGAGUAUAGAGUGAAGAAAAUUGAAAAUAUUGGCAAAAUGACUCAAAUGACACAAGAGGAGAUUGUGACGAAUACAAAGACCGUUUUGCAGGGUCUUGAAGCUCUUCGACAUGAGCACAUGUCAAUUAUGUCUGGCCUGACAGAAGGAAAAAAAGAUCCCGAUAAGAUAGACAUAAUACAGAAGAAUAUUGAAAAUAUUGAAUUGGGUUUGGGUGAAGCUCAGGUCAUUGUAGUGUUAGCGUCACAUUUACAAAAUAUUGAAGCAGAGAAACAGAAAUUGAGAACACAAGUUCGGCGACUUUGUCAAGAAAAUGCAUGGCUUAGAGAUGAGCUAGCAAAUACGCAACAAAAACUUCAGACAUCUGAGCAGAUGGUGGCACAAUUAGAGGAGGAAAAGAAGCAUUUAGAUUUUAUGCAAUCAGUUAGAAAAUAUGAUGAUAAUCAGGAUGAAAGCAAUGAAAAUGAAAAGUCUCGAUCUGAUCCUGUCGUCGAACUUUUUCCAGAAGAUGAACAAGAAGAGAGAAAUAAUUUGUCACCUACGCCUCCAAGUCAAUUUGCGAACCAAGCAAAUGCAGGUUACGAAAUUCCAGCACGUUUACGAACAUUGCACAAUCUUGUAAUUCAAUAUGCAUCACAAGGACGAUAUGAAGUGGCAGUGCCUCUUUGUAAGCAAGCCCUUGAAGAUUUAGAGAAAACUAGUGGACAUGAUCAUCCAGAUGUUGCAACAAUGUUAAAUAUUCUUGCUUUAGUUUAUCGUGAUCAAAAUAAAUAUAAGGAAGCUGCUAAUUUAUUGAAUGAUGCUCUUACCAUACGUGAGAAAACGUUGGGAGAAAAUCAUCCAGCUGUCGCUGCGACAUUAAAUAAUUUAGCAGUUUUAUAUGGAAAGCGUGGGAAAUACAAGGACGCUGAACCUUUAUGUAAACGUGCACUUGAAAUUCGUGAAAAGGUUUUGGGUAAAGAUCAUCCAGAUGUUGCAAAACAAUUAAAUAACUUGGCAUUGCUGUGUCAGAAUCAGGGCAAAUAUGAAGAAGUCGAAUUAUAUUAUCAAAGGGCAUUAGAAAUUUAUGAGAAUAAGUUGGGUCCCGACGAUCCAAAUGUAGCAAAAACAAAAAAUAAUUUGGCAAGUUGUUACUUGAAGCAAGGAAAAUAUAAAGAGGCAGAGAUUUUAUACAAACAAGUGUUGACGCGUGCUCAUGAACGAGAAUUUGGCACUAUUGAUAAUGAUAAUAAGCCAAUUUGGCAGGUUGCGGAGGAACGAGAAGAAAAUAAGCAUCGCAAUAGGGAAAAUACUCCGUACGGCGAGUAUGGUGGAUGGCACAAGGCGGCAAAAGUUGAUUCACCGACAGUGACAACAACUUUGAAGAAUUUGGGAGCGCUCUAUAGACGUCAAGGAAAGUACGAAGCAGCCGAGACACUGGAGGACUGUGCGAUGCGAUCGAAGCGAGAAACGCUAGACUUAGUGAAACAAGCUAAAGUGGCACAAAUACUGGCGAGUGAUGAUAAACGACGAUCUCGAAAUAUUCGCGGUGAUGGUAAUGAUCAGUAUGAAGGCAUUGAAGAUGCAAACCGUCGUUUAUCGAAAUCAUAAAAAGUCGUAUAAUUUGAGCUACCAAAAAUAAACAAAAUGCUUUGAAACUAAAAAUAAAAGAUCAUCCAUUAAUAAUCAGUAGCCUCUCUCUCACAUCACAUAAUAUUUAUUUAUCAUACCUAUAAAAAUUAUUACUGACUACAAGCUAUUAAUUCUACUUACGACAUUUGCUAGUUCUUUUAAAAAAAUUAAAUUAUUCUUGCAAAAGAAGAAGAAAAAAAAAUGGAAAAUGAACAACAAUUGUAGAUUUGCUUAAAACUUAGUAUGAGGAUAUGCAUAACCCACUACAUGGCAUGUGAGAAACAAAAAUAACAACAGCAGCUUGAUAAUGAUGAAAUCAUCAUUUGCUACAUCAAGAAAAUUACUAAAAAAUCAUUUAUUUUUCUAUAAAAUAAUGUAAAUUAACACAAUAGUCUGCAUUAUGAAGAUUGUACUUUAAUGUUGCUUAUUUCGCUUUUUGAGAAUGUAAUAAAAGUAAUUGCAAUUAACAUGUACAUCUACAUUAAUUCAUUUGGUGCAAUAUUUUUUUCAUUUUUAAUGGUAAUGGCUAAAUUUGACUUCCAUUCACUUUCACAAACACAUUGUUUUUAGGUCUUUGAAUGAUGGCACACAUAUCAUUUUUAUAGUUAUAAUUUAAUAAUUUGCAUGCUUAUUUGUAGACAUCUCACAAACUUUUAAUCUCUUCCACACACCAACCCCACCAAAAUUAAUUUAUGAUUAAUAUCGAAUAUUAUCAUUUUUGUUUAUUUUUUGUACUUAAAAUUAUUUGUCAAUGAUUUUUAAAGGAAACAGACAAUAUUCUUGUGCACACACUUUAGUUUAUCUCAAUAGGUCCACGUAUGUUUCUUAUGUUAAUGAAGUAAAUAAAAACAAUAUUUAAGUGUUUUUCACUUAUUAUUAUUAUUAUUACCUUUUAUAAUUAUUGUAAUGUUAAGUUAAUGAAUCAAAAACAUUUACAAGUGUAUCGGAAGUUUCUUUGUUCCAUGCAUUCAUUGUUCAAGCAGAAAUAUUAUUCUUUAGUUGUAUUCCACUUGUGGAUAAUUCAAGCUCAUUUCUGUUGAGUUUUUGCUCAAUAGAUGUUCACUCAAACUUUGAUCGAAAUUUCUUAGAACAGAAAGAUUCCCACAUUCCGAGGUAAUUAGAAAUACAAUUCAGAUAUCCAAUUUAAAUUGGAAAUUUGGACGAUUCUUGUGACUUGGCCACUAAGUGAUUUAAGAGGAACAUUUCGGAGCAGAAAUGAGCUUGAAAAAAAAUAUUAACGUUCUCCAUAAUUUCUUUAAGAUGCAUUUUUAACAGUUAAUUAAUGAUUUAAAUUUUACAAAAAAUGAAAUGCACGUGCUUAAAGCACAAUAGUAAAUUUGCAAGGAAAUUAAAAAUUUUCAAUUAAAUAUGUGCAUGUAUUAAAAAAUAAAUCGUUGAAGGAGAUCUUUAUUUCCUAAACUUUAAUGCAAUGUGGAUAAUUAUGAUUUAAUCUGUAGAUUUAUGUUUUAAAUCUAUCAUUUAUUUACUGUAUACUUAUUAUUUAACUGAUUAAUUUAGUACCUAAUCAAUCAAUUUAUAAUUUUUAUCGCUUUGUAUAAUAAAAAAAAUUAAAGAAAAAUAUUGAAAAUAUGAGAAAAUUGCCUUUUGAAAAAUAAAGCAGCAAAAAAAUUAAAUGCAAAAAUUUCCUAAUC